CGAAUAAGACCGUAGUCGACUUUAGAGUUCUUCUCAGUUGUUUGCCAAAUACCGAUACGGAAUGAUGUACGGCUGGAGGGCAGUGCCAGUGGAAGUUGUAGUAGUACUGAUAGGCAUACUCUCGUUUGCCUCUGGUGACGGGGAAGUACCCGUACAGGUUGUGACCCGAACCGAAUGGCAAGCCCGACCAUCAAAUGGCAGUAUUGGCGCCAAUGAGUUACCACUUUCACGAGCUGUGAUCGCCCAUACCGCUGGUGUACGUUGCAAAAGCGAUGAGGCUUGCAUUCAGCAGGUGCGAAGCCUGCAGCAAUAUCAAAUGGAUACCUUGGGUUUCUCGGACAUUGGCUAUCAUUAUCUAAUUGGUGACAAUGGACGAGCUUACGAGGGUCGUAGUCCAAGUCAACGUGCAUCUUUCGCAGGACGAAAUAAUGGCGGCUCGCUGGCCAUUGCCUUUAUUGGCAAUUUUGAUGAGGAGCUACCAACUGAAGGAUCAUUGGAAACUGCCAAAUCAUUGAUACAACAAUCUGUGCAACAAAAAAAUCUGGCAGAGAAUUAUGAAUUAUUUGGUCAUCGCCAGGUGAGCGCCACCAAGAGUCCAGGUGAUGCUCUAUUUGCCCAGAUUAAGCAAUGGCCCAAUUGGAGUAAUAAGUCUCUAUUAUAAGAUAUCGACACGUAAAGACCAUUCCUUACACAUUUAUUGUAAAUAUAAUUAUGUUAAAUUUGUUGCUUGCUUAAAUACGAAUACUAAACUUGUAA